GGCAGGAACACUUUGUUGAUCGCGGCUUAAUAAUGGGAUUUAUUUCAUGGUGUUUAUAUAAAUCAGGAUUUCCUCUUCUUUAUGUGUAAGCAACCAUACACAAACCAGACCUACUGAAGACCACAGCGCUAUCUCGCAGACGGAGGACGAUAUCCAAUCUUCGGCUUACACACAUCUUACAAACACUUCAAGCGUAUCACCGAACGAAACUCCCGUUCCCACUUCUCAUUCCCGUGGAACCAAGCCGUUGGUCGUCAACCCCUCCUCGUCCUCGCUCGACCUCGCCUUAUCGCCUUUGAGGAUCCUUCCCGAUUGGGCAUUCAUGCCGACCUCCAAGGUUCUCACAUCAGCAACCAAGUUUAUUAGACCUUCAACUUUAUCACAACCUCACCUCAUCAGGUCGCCAGGCCUGACCUCAGUCAUCAACCGAACCUCAACUUUCCAACAAAAACGACGAGGACACCAAAAAACCGUCGUCAAAAUGGCCACCGAACCAACCGCCGCCGAAAAGACCGCCGCCUUCGAAAAGGUCCUCCAACGCAACCCGCACGGCGACUUCAAAGCCGUCGAAGCCUCUCGUCCCGCCUUCGACCCCUCUCCCAAAUUCACCUACGUCCAAACCCCCCAACCAGAUUGGACCUACGGCUCGGGCGCGAACUCGCUUUCUACCUCUACCACCCCCGACAAGUCCUCUUCUUCCUCGUCCGAGGAGCAGCAGCACAUCGUCAUCGACCCCUACACCUCCGGCCGUCCCCCCGCAUUCAACUACAAACUCCUAAUCUCCGCCAUCGUCCCCCGCCCCAUAGCCUUGGUCUCCACGCGCUCUUCCGACGGCCUCACGGAAAACCUGGCUCCCUUCUCUUACUUCCAAGUAAUCUCGCACGACCCGCCCCUUUUCACCUUGGGCUUCGCCUCCCCCCUCUCUCCCGCUCAUCGCGCCAAGGAUACUCUGCGGAUCCUGCACGAAACAGGCGAGUGCGUGAUCAACAUAAUUUCCUCACCGUCAUUCAUCGAAGCCGCCAACGCUUGCAGCACCAACGCGCCUUUGGGCGUGUCCGAGUGGGUUGUUUCGGGGUUGACGCCCGUGUAUGAUGUCCAGACGGUGAAAGCGGCGAGGUGCAAAGAGGCCGGGUUUGCGGUGGAGUGUAAGUUGGUCCAUGUCAAGGAGUUUGAAUCCAAGUCCAAGCCGGGGGAGGGGGCGGGGACGACGUUGGUGGUGGUGGAGGGAACGAGGUUUUGGAUUCAGGAGGGGCUUGUGAAUGAGGAGCGGAAUCAGAUGGAUUUGGGGGGCGAGUAUAGACCUUUGGCUAGGCUGGGAGGGAUCACGUAUGGAGUGGUUAGGGAGGGGUUGGAGAUUCCGAGACCGGAUUUUGAGAGGGAUGUUGGGGGGGUGGAGGGGUAUGAGAGACUCAAGAAGGAGAGGGAGGCGAAAAAGGAGGAGAAGUGAGUGAAUGGGGACGGACGGACCGUAGGGUGAUGGGGUGAAGAUAGGGAGAGGGAUGGAUGGCUGGGCUUGUUUGUUGAAACUGAGGGUAUAGGUUGUCGUUACGUGAUCAAUCUAGGUAUGGGGGAAAGAUGGCGGUUGAUCCCCGUCAAAGGGGUGGCAGAGCCAGCAACGAGCAGUUGGGGGAUAUGGCUUAGCAGAAAUACUUGCUGGGUGUUUUCCAGGUGCUCGUCGCUGGUUCUGCUGGUCUUCGAUGGGGAUCACUCGUCAUCAUCUCGUACUGGGUGUUGAAUGACAUCGAAGAGUGAUCACAAAGCAACUUUAUGUAUCCGCUUAUCAGAAAAAAAAGAAGGAUUUGUCUAUUACCAAUAAACCA